GGACAAUCAAAAAUGUCGAAUGUAAUUUGUUGAUCUACAUUUUUUAUCACAACUAGAUUAAUUCUUCUAAUUUUAAUAAUAAUUUUAUACAUAAUAGGUCAAAUAAAGAUGAGUAAUCACCAUAAUGGUGCUAGAGCUGGUGAAACUGAACAAAUGGCCCAAUCGCAAUGCUUAAAAGUGUUUAUUCAACGGGAUUACAGUGAAGGGACUCUUGUAAAAUUCCAAAAUAGGUUUCCACAAGAACUUGAGGGAAGGUUGGAGAGGCAAGCCUUUGAGACUACUGUUAAUAGACUGAAUGCAUUUUUUGCGGAAGCUGAAAAAGCUACUUGUACCACAUACUGUGAAGGAUGCUUAGCGUGUUUAACUGCAUAUUUAAUAUAUAUUUGUAAAGAAACUCAUUAUGAAAAGUGUUUAAAGAAGGUAUCUAAGUACAUAGCGGAACAAAAUGAGAGAGUAUAUGAACCAAGAGGACUAAAACUGACAGACCCCAGCCUAAGAGGUUUGAGAGUACUAGAAAUCAGCUGUUUGGAUCGUCCACCAAACGCAUGACUUACAUUAUCCCACUCCACACAGGAGUUUUUUAUGUGAAACUCGGGAAAUAUUCCAAAACAAUUUUUGAUGUAGAUUCUUAUUAUUGAAAGUACGUUCUGCCAAAGUGGCUUAAGACUGUUUACCUGCCAAACGGGCAAAUUUUUUAUACUUGCUAUACAAGGUUCAUCAAAGUUUAAUUUUGGAAUUUUAUAUGGUUUAGUGUAAUAUAUUGGUGCUAAGGAUAAUAUUAAUACUACAGUGUUUCGCAAUCUCUGCAUCAUGGAAAAUUUUUACUCAUAAGUACAUUCAUACCAUUAAAAUCUAAAACAAUUAAAAUUAACCAUAAUAUUGGUUUAUAGUACAACUUAAAAAUAAUUAUUAAGGAGUGUAGACUUUAAGGCUGAUCUGCCGUGUUAACUCAAAAGGGCGUAUCUGC